AUUACACACGAGUAAGACGCGAGCACCGGGACCAAAGGACUUGGAAGACAGCUUGUGAAAUUCGCGAGAGGUUCGAAAUCGAUGUCAGUACUUAUACUAUUAAGGGUAGGCGAAAGGCGUUCACGUUGCCGCUUGUUUUGCCGCUCUUAAGGGAGACAGACAUAACAAACGGGGGAAGCGAACACCAAAAAGCUACCUCUAACACUAGCGCUGGAGGUGGUGGCGGUGGUCGCGGUCAUAGUCAUGCGUUGCAUCGAGAAAAAGAAGAAUGGGAAGGACGCUUGAAGAUGGACGAGAACAAUAGGAACAUCAAGUCCGAAGCGAUACUGCAACAACAUCACGAGCAAGAAAGUAGAGUUGCAACAGUAUCCAAAAUACUUCUACGUGAUGAAGACGAAGAAAAGGUGGAUGCUCAAAGGAGUAUGAUGAAAGUACUAGAGAAAGACGCAUCUUCUACCUCCACUUGGCAUCCUAUCAGCGGACGGGGACUCACACACGCAGAGUGGUUUCAAACGAAGGGAUCACGGUUGGGG